AUGCAAAUCGGCUUGCACCGUGAUCCGAGCCACUUGUCGUCAAUGUCAACGUUGCAAGCAGAGAUCCGAAGAAGACUCUGGUCUACCAUCUUGGAGCUGGUGAUCCAGUCAUCCCUAGAUGCGGCAAUGCCUCCUAGGAUCUCCUUCGAUGAGUUUGAUGCUCAACCGCCUGCAAACAUCAACGACGACGAACUAGAAGAGUCGCAAUCGGAGCUACGAUCACAUCCGAGGAGCACUUACACGGAUAUGUCGCUACAUCUUCAGCUCAGGGACUCUCUCCUGAGCCGGCUUCGAGUUGUUCAGUUGCUCAACGGGAUACACCAUGAGCUGUCUUACCACGUCGCACUAGAGUUGAGCUCGGAGAUUACCCAUGCCUGCAGAACCAAUAUCCACUUCGUGAGGCAACACGAGCGAUCCGGAGUCUCAGUGUUCCACCAAAACUUGCUUGAUUUCCUUGUGCGUCGCUUCCUGAUUCCCUUGCACUGCCCGUUCGCGAGCCAGGCACAGACAAACCCCCUCUUCCAGUACUCGACGAAAGUGACAUUGGACGCCACAAUCACGAUUAUAUCACCUGUACCAGACGAUAAGUUCUCUCGUCUAUUCAGAAUCGCAGGAGGGAUGUUCCGCGAAGGCUACAGGUACGCCCUUGCUACCGUCAGCCACGAGUACAUCGCUCAAGCAGAGACGCAGCACCGCGAUGGAACACUUCAACGCAAUGUCCAACAGAGAGAAUUCUUGAAGAAAACAAUGUUGGAGUUGAUAGAGAUAGCGGCAGAGAGAGUCCAGUACGGAGGCGAGACGAACAUCAAAGGUCACAUGUUCCUCAAAAUGAUUGUGGCACAAAUAGAAGCCAUGGAAAUGGGCAUUCCGGGAGAUUUGGAGAUUGCGAAGAGCGCGAAAGAAAGUCUGGAAUACUGCCACACCUUGCUCGAGGGACAGGCAAGCACUGUGAAGCCAUGCUCGACGGCCGAGGCAGACUUUGGAUCCUCUGGACUUGAACAUGAACAGGGAGGCUUUGGAUUUGAUUGGGACUUUGACUUUUUUCUACCCGAAGGAGAUUUUUAG